AAAGGUGAUGCUUGCUUUCCCGACGAUCUUUUGCCUCGCCUUCGACGCCGUGUUCGUUCUCGCAGUGACGGCUGAAAUUUGGACGAAAAAUAUAUAUGAACUGCGAUUAUUACUAAGUAUUUCGUAAAUGUACGGGUUAUGUUCCAAUGCUUGAUAGUCCCAUUGGAAACUGUUCAUAAAGUGUUUGUGCCGUGAGUUUGGAUUGGGUACAGUUGUUGAGUGAGUGAAUCUUGUGAUUUUGUGUGUGCCGACGAAUUUAUGUGGGCAACUGUGUGAGAACAACAUUACUGGGCUUUUAAGAAGGUUGAGAGUGGCGUGGUGACCGGGUCGCGAUGACGACCGACAUAACGGUGUCCCGAUGGGACCCGUCCAUCGGCCACGGGCAAGAGAUCAUCGACGAGUACGAGUACGACGGCGGCAACUCGUCCUCGAGGCUAUUCGAACGAUCGCGCAUUAAGGCGCUAGCUGACGAACGAGAGAGCGUACAGAAGAAGACUUUCCAAAAAUGGGUGAACUCCCACCUGGUGCGCGUGGGCAACCGCAUCGGCGACCUCUACGUAGACAUGCGGGACGGGAAGAUGCUCAUCAAACUGCUAGAGGUGCUCUCUGGAGAGAGGCUGCCUCGUCCGACGAAAGGCAAGAUGCGAAUCCACUGCCUUGAAAAUGUUGACAAAGCGCUGCAGUUCCUCCGCGAGCAGCGCGUGCAUCUCGAGAACAUGGGGUCCCACGACAUCGUCGACGGGAACCCGAGGCUCAGCCUGGGCCUCAUCUGGACCAUCAUCCUGCGGUUCCAGAUCCAAGACAUUACAAUCGAAGAAACGGAUAACAAAGAAACCAAGUCAGCUAAAGACGCCCUACUGCUAUGGUGUCAAAUGAAGACCGCCGGCUACAAUAACGUGAACGUUCGCAACUUCACGACCUCCUGGCGAGACGGUUUGGCGUUUAACGCCAUCAUACACAAGCACAGACCGGACCUGAUUCAGUUUGAGAAGCUGCACAGAAGCAACCCUAUUCAUAAUUUGAACAAUGCGUUCAAUGUUGCUGAGGAUAAGCUUGGACUUACCAAACUGCUUGAUGCCGAAGACAUCGCUGUCGACCACCCCGAUGAGAAGUCCAUCAUCACUUACGUAGUAACCUACUACCACUACUUCAGCAAGCUGAAGCAGGAGACGGUGCAAGGCAAGAGGAUCGGCAAGGUCGUCGGCAUCGCUAUGGAGAACGACAAGAUGAUGCAGGAGUACGAGACCCUCACCAGUGACCUGUUGCAAUGGAUCGAGCGCACGAUCGAAGCUCUGGGCGACCGAACGUUCGCGAACUCGCUGGAGGGCGUUCGUCAACAACUCGUCCAGUUCGCCAACUACCGCACGGUCGAGAAACCGCCCAAGUUCGUCGAAAAAGGCAACUUGGAGGUGCUUCUAUUCACUCUGCAGUCGCGCAUGCGCGCCGCCAACCAGAAGCCAUACACGCCCAAAGAGGGCAAGAUGAUUCACGACAUCAACCGAGCCUGGGAGCGACUUGAGAAAUCUGAGCACGAAAGAGAACUCGCGCUUAGAGAGGAGCUUAUCCGUCAGGAAAAGCUUGAGCAGUUGGCUGCUAGAUUCAACCGCAAAGCCCAGAUGCGUGAGACCUGGCUCUCAGAGAACCAGCGUCUCGUCAGCCAGGACAACUUCGGUUUCGACUUGGCCGCCGUGGAGGCGGCGGCUAAGAAACACGAGGCCAUCGAGACCGAUAUCUUUGCGUACGAGGAACGCGUGCAAGCUGUCGUCGCCGUGUGUUCAGAGUUGCAGGCGGAGAGGUACCACGACAUGGAGCGCGUGCAGGCGCGGCGCGACAACGUGCUGCGGCUGUGGGCCUACCUGCUGGAGCUGCUGCGGGCGCGGCGCGCGCGCCUCGAGCUCUCGCUGCAGCUGCAGCAGAACUUCCAGGAAAUGCUAUACAUCUUAGACUCCAUGGAAGAAAUCAAACUGCGACUCCUCACCGACGAUUACGGCAAACAUCUUAUGGGAGUCGAAGACUUGUUGCAAAAGCACGCUCUCGUCGAGGCUGAUAUCAACGUUCUUGGCGAACGCGUCAAGGUGGUCGUGGGCCAGUCGCAGCGCUUCCUGGAGCAGGAGGAGGGCGGCUACCGGCCGUGCGACCCCGCCAUCACGGUGGAGCGCAUCCAGCAGCUCGAGAACGCCUACGCCGAGCUCGUCCAUCUCGCCGUCGAGCGCAGAAAGCGCCUGGAAGACAGCCGCAAACUGUGGCAGUUCUACUGGGACAUGGCCGACGAGGAGAACUGGAUCAAGGAGAAGGAGCAGAUCGUGUCCGUGGACGACAUUGGCCACGAUCUCACUACUGUGUACCUGCUGAUCUCCAAACACAAGGCAUUGGAAGCGGAUGUCCAGGCUCACGAACCUCAGCUUAUGAGCGUCGCCGGCGUCGGAGACGAACUCGUCUCGCAGGGACACUUCGGUGCCGACAGGAUCCAGGAGCGUCUCCGCGACAUCCUGUCCCAAUGGAACCACCUGCUGGACGUGGCCUCGCUGCGCAAGAACCGGCUGGACGCGGCCGUGCGCUACCACCAGCUGUUCGCCGACGCCGACGACAUCGACAACUGGAUGUUGGAUACCCUGCGACUGGUGUCGUCCGAGGACACCGGCGUGGACGAGGCUCAAGUGCAGAGCCUGCUGAAGAAGCACAAGGACGUCACCGACGAGCUCAAGAACUACGCCAACGUUAUCCAGCAGCUGAAGCAACAGGCCUCGGAGCUGAGCCCCGAGGACGCCAGCAGCGCGGAGGUGCGCGAGCGCCUGGCCGCCAUGGACUCGCGGCACGGCGAGCUGGCCGAGCUGGCGCGCCUGCGCAAGCAGCGCCUACUCGACGCGCUCUCGCUCUUCAAGCUGCUGGCCGAGGCCGACGCGGCCGACCAGUGGAUCGCCGAGAAGGACCGCAUGCUCGACACCAUGCUGCCGCCCAAGGACAUCGACGAUGUCGAGAUCAUGAAGCACAGAUACGACGGCUUCGACAAGGAGAUGAACGCGAACGCGUCCCGCGUGGCCGUCGUGAACCAGCUGGCGCGCCAGCUCAUCCACGUGGAGCACCCGCAGGCGCCGCGCAUCCAGGAGCGCCAGGCCAGGCUCAACGCCGCCUGGAGCCAGCUCCGCGACAAGGCCGAGGGCAAGAAGGACGAGCUCAAGUCUGCCCAAGGAGUCCAGACGUUCCACAUCGAGUGCCGCGAGACCGUCUCCUGGAUCGAGGACAAGAAGCGUAUCCUGCAGCAGACCGACAACCUGGAGAUGGAUCUCAACGGUGUGAUGACCCUCCAGCGGCGGCUGUCGGGCAUGGAGCGCGACCUGGCGGCCAUCCAGGCGCGCAUCUCGUCGCUGGAGGGCGAGGCCAGCGCCAUCGAGGAGGAGCACCCCGAGGAGGCCGCGCUCAUCCGCGAGCGCGUCACCGUCAUCACCGACAACUGGGACCAGCUCACGCAGAUGUUGAAAGAGCGCGACUCGAAGCUGGAAGAGGCCGGAGAUCUCCACCGGUUCCUGCGCUCCGUGGACCACUUCCAAGCCUGGCUCACCAAGACGCAGACCGACGUCGCCUCGGAAGAUACACCGUCGAGCUUGGCGGAGGCGGAGAAACUGCUAUCGCAGCACCAGACCAUCAAGGAGGAGAUCGACAACUACAAGGACGAGUACGCCAAGAUGAUGGAGUACGGAGAGAAGAUCACUGCCGAGCCUUCGACACAGGACGACCCGCAGUACAUGUUCCUCCGCGAGCGUCUGAAGGCGCUCCGCGAGGGCUGGGCCGAGCUGCAGCAGAUGUGGGAGAACCGCCAGCAGCUGCUCACGCAGAGCCUCGAGCUGCAGCUGCUGCAGCGCGACGCCAGGCAGGCCGAGGUGCUGCUCACACACCAGGAGUUGAGAUUGGCCAAGACCGAGCCACCCACCAACCUGGAGCAAGCCGAGAACAUGAUCAAGGAGCACGAGGCCUUCCUCACCACCAUGGAGGCCAACGACGACAAGAUCAACUCCGUCGUGCAGUUCGCCAACCGCCUCGUCGAGGAGAAGCACUUCGACGCCGACAAGAUCCAGCGCAAGGCCGACAGCAUCGAGCAGCGCCGCGCCGCCAACCGCGACAAGGCCCUCCAGCAGAUGGAGAAGCUCCAGGACCAACUCCAGCUCCACCAGUUCCUCCAGGACUGCGACGAGCUCGGCGAGUGGGUCCAAGAGAAGAACGUCACCGCCCAGGACGACACCUACCGCUCCGCCAAAACCAUCCACUCCAAAUGGACUCGCCAUCAAGCCUUCGAAGCCGAAAUCGGCGCCAACAAGGAGCGCCUCUUCGCCGUUCAGAACGCCGCCGAGGAUCUCAUGAAGCAGAAACCCGAGUUCGCCGAAAUCAUCUCCCCCAAGAUGAGCGAACUACAAGACCAAUUCGAGAACCUCCAAACCACCACAAAGGACAAGGGCGAGCGCCUCUUCGACGCCAACCGCGAGGUCCUCAUCCACCAGACCUGCGAUGACAUCGACUCCUGGAUGAACGAGCUCGAGAAACAAAUCGAGAACACCGACACCGGCUCUGAUCUGGCAUCUGUGAAUAUUCUCAUGCAGAAGCAACAGAUGAUCGAGACUCAGAUGGCCGUGAAGGCCAAGCAGGUCACCGAACUGGAGACCCAGGCUGAAUACCUUCAAAAAACCGUUCCAGACAAGAUGGACGAGAUCAAGGAGAAGAAGAAGUUAGUGGAGCACCGUUUCGAGCAGUUAAAGGCUCCUUUGCUAGAUCGCCAGCGUCAGUUGGCCAAGAAGAAGGAAGCGUUCCAAUUCCGUCGCGACGUAGAAGACGAGAAUCUCUGGGUGCACGAGAAGAUGCCUCUAGCCACCAGCACGGACUACGGCAACUCCCUGUUCAACGUGCAGAUGCUGCAGAAGAAGAACCAGUCGCUGAAGACGGAGACGGAGAACCACGAGCCGCGCAUUCUGACCGUUAUCGCGAACGGACAGAAGCUCAUCGACGAGGGACACGAGGCUUCGCCUGAGUUUAAAUCUCUCAUUGAAGAACUUACUGCGAGAUGGCGAGAACUUAAAGAUGCCAUCGAACAACGCAAGAACAACCUCGCCCAAUGGGAGAAGGCGCAGCAGUACCUCUUCGACGCCAACGAGGCGGAAGCGUGGAUGAGCGAACAGGAGCUGUACAUGAUGGUCGAGGACCGCGGCAAGGAUGAAAUUAGCGCGCAGAAUUUGAUGAAGAAACACGAAAUCCUCGAGCAGUCUGUGGACGACUACGCUCAGACCAUCCGGCAGCUAGGAGAGACCGUCAGACAGCUAACUAGCGAAGAACAUCCUUUGAGCGAACAAAUCUCCGUGAAGCAGUCCCAGGUGGACAAACUGUACGCCGGCCUGAAGGACUUGGCCGGCGAGCGUCGCGCCAAGCUCGACGAAGCCCUGCGACUGUUCCAGCUGUCGCGCGAGGUCGACGACCUGGAGCAGUGGAUCACCGAGCGCGAGCUGGUCGCCAGCUCGCAGGAGCUCGGCCAGGACUACGACCACGUCACCCUGCUAUGGGAGCGCUUCAAGGAGUUCGCGCGCGAGACACAAGCCGUGGGCUCGGAGCGCGUGGCCACGGCCGAGCGCAUCGCCGACCAGAUGAUCGGCAUGGGCCACUCCGACAACGCCACCAUCGCGCAGUGGAAGGAGGGGCUCAAGGAGACCUGGCAGGACCUGCUGGAGCUCAUCGAGACGCGCACUCAGAUGCUGAUGGCGUCCCGGGAGCUCCACAAGUACUUCCACGACUGCAAGGACACUCUGCAGCGAGUGAGCGAGAAGGCACGAGGAGUGAGCGACGAGCUCGGCCGCGACGCGCUCAGUGUUGGCGCGUUGCAGCGCAAGCACCACACCUUCAUGCAGGACCUUACUACGUUGCAGCACCAGGUGGAAGCCAUCAGCGCCGAAUGCGCCCGGCUCGGCGCCUCGUACGCCGGCGACAAGGCCGCCGAGAUCACCCGACGUGAAGCAGAAGUUGCUGAAGCCUGGGCGGCUCUACAAGCCGCAUGCGCCGCUAGAAAAUCCAAGCUGGAAGAUGCUGACGACCUGUACCGGUUCCUCAACCAAGUCAGGAACCUCACCUUGUGGAUGGACGAUGUUGUCCGACAGAUGAACACUGGCGAGAAACCGCGGGACGUGAGCGGCGUGGAGCUCCUCAUGAACAACCACCAAUCCCUGAAGGCCGAAAUCGACACGCGCGAGGACAACUUCAGCGCUUGCAUCUCGCUGGGCAAGGAGCUGCUGGCGCGGCAGCACUACGCGGCCGCCGACAUCAAGGACAAGCUGCUGCAGCUCACCAACCAGCGCAACGCGCUGCUGCGCCGCUGGGAGGAGCGCUGGGAGAACCUGCAGCUCAUCCUGGAAGUGUACCAGUUCGCGCGCGACGCCGCUGUGGCCGAGGCGUGGCUCAUCGCGCAGGAGCCGUACCUCAUGUCGCAGGAGCUGGGGCACACCAUCGACGAGGUGGAGAGCCUCAUCAAGAAGCACGAGGCGUUCGAGAAGUCGGCCGCCGCGCAGGAGGACCGGUUCAGCGCGCUGCAGAGACUCACCACGUUUGAACAGCGUGGAGCGACACUAUGGCCUAGUGUUCAACCGUGGGAAAAAUGUGAUGAAUCCGCUUUCUUGUUCCAACCUCCCCCUCCUUUCGAAAACCACCCCAAUUCCCCAUCAAAAAUUACCCACAACGAACCCCAAGUAGGAGUAAUAGUCAGACAAAUCAUAUUCAAAACCGGCAGAUUCAAAAUGGAGGAACAAAUCCAACCAAGAGAAUUAACUAUGGACUGUUCCAAAAAGUUUGAAAGAAACGAUUCCUUUCUGUGGACGAAAGUCGGAGGUAACAGCUUAUCGACGAUUUCUGAAACCAGUAGUCCAACUAUGAGUCCUCUUAGGAGAAGUACUCUUUCGCCUGACAUAUACAGUUCUGUGUUUUUCGAGUAUCCCACCGAAUCCGAAACCAACACUUCUACGAGUAGUAUCACCUUCUCCUGUAUAGAUUUCAUUUUAUGGGAACGACUAUCCUCCUUAUGGGUAUAUCCUAACGUUUCGCUAAUAAGGCAUAGCAGCGAAUCUCGAUCCAGAUCGGGUAGCGUAAAAAGCUUCUUCCGAAGAUUGUCAAGGAAAAGUAAACCUUCUGACUCAGACAGUAUAAGCGAUGUUGCCGUGCUCUCCUUACCGGGGCUCACCAGCAGUGAUAAAGCUGUAAACGAGCUAGGGAAAGACGUAAAGUCCAUACCUUUGAGCCACUCCUUACUUCUGUUGGUCCAAACUCGUAAACUCCUAGCUCCCGAAGCUGAAUGGUACUAUAACUACUUGGAUAGUUUCGAGGUGAAGGAGAUGAAGCGUCGACAAGAGCUCGCCGAGGCCGCGGAGCGCGAGCGGCGCGAGCGCGAGCAGGCCGAGGCCGCCGCCGCCGCCGCCGCGCGCGACGCCGUGGACCGCGCCGCCGAGCCCGAGCCGCCGCAAGUCGUAAGGAGAACGUCCACUAAAGCGGCUGAGAAGGCCCAAGAGCGACCGCACUCCCAGCCAGUGUCGCAUGCAGAGCGCGCCGCCACGCCGCCAGCGUCGAGCGCGGCCUCCGCGCCGGCCGCGGCGCCGGCGCCGGCGCCCGGGCCCUCCGCACAGACCCCACAGAAACAGACCCCCGCUAAACCCGCACGCUCCUCCACGGCGGGAUCGAGCUCGAGCCCGGCCACGCCCUCGAGCUCCGGUAAGGUGAAGUCGCGCUCGCGCAGCAAGUCGCCGUUCCGGAGCUUCCGUUGGAAGACCGCCAAGAAACUGCUCGCUGGGACCCACCAUAGUGACGACGAAGAGGGCACUAGUCCUGCGGGAGAGGAUGAAGGCGUAGAGGGUAUUCUCGUCCGCAAACACGAAUGGGAAUCCGCCGCCAAGCGCGCUUCUAACAGAUCAUGGGACAAAGUGUACGUGGUGGCCAAGGAGGGCCGUAUGUCAUUCUACAAAGACCAAAAGGCGUACAAAUCCGCGCCUGAUCAAUGCUGGCGCGGAGAAGCACCGCUUGACCUUAACGGAGCAGUUGUAGAGGUCGCAGCCAACUACACUAAGAAGAAGCAUGUCUUCCGGCUCAGACUGGGCAUGGGCGCGGAGUUCCUGCUGCAGGCGCACGACGAGGCGGAGAUGUCGUGGUGGCUGGAGGCGCUGCGCGCGCGCACGGCGGCGCCGGCGUCGCGCUCGCACACGCUGCCCGCGCCCGCCAAGGACGAGCCCAAGCGCCGCUCCUUCUUCACGCUCAAGAAGAAGUCAGUGUCCGCCCUUUCAUUCGUAUUCUCGCCGUAGCUUGCUCCGCAUGAUGCGCAUCUAAACACCGAUGGAGCGGGAACGGCGAGCGUUUCCCGGACCCGAGUACGCCUGAGUUCGCCUGGACGUGCUCGAGUCCACCCGAGCGCACCCGGGUUAACCCGAGCGCGCUUGUAUUCGCCCGAGAGCGUCCGAAGCCGCACGUUUCUCACACGACGCUUGCUGCUGUAAGCUUUGCUGAUGACGAAAUAGUCACCGGCGGCAAUGUUAUUAAGUUUAAUAUUUCGUUGCGUACAAAACGUUAUUUAAGACUGUUCGGUGAUUGAGUGUUUGGAUCGUUUGCCUUCGUCUGUAUCGUAUUUAUUGUCGCUCGGUGCCGCGGUUGCCGACCGAGUGAAGAUCACUAGAUUUAUAUCCGAAACGACCCUCCUCGACUUGUAAUUGUUGUACUUGAUGACGACUAUAAAUUAUACAUAUUUAAUUAUGAAAUUCUAAAUGCGACGCUAUUUAUGGUGAAAUAACUUUAGUCUUUAAAUUUCAGAUUGAGAAAUAUAUGUUAUAUUGAUUAUUUAUACAAUAUAUGUAAAAUGGACAUAGUGUAUGUAAAUUCGGUUGAACUAGAAAUGUAUGUCGUUCAGUAAUCCCCUACUAACUCAAACUGAGAUGUUCUAUUAGAAAUUAUAAUAUUGACCAAUCAAAUACCAUUUGACGGAAUUUGAAUAUCGCAUUUGAUAUGAAGUUAGCUAGAGAAUCGGAUCGUAAUCGCAUUUACACUAUUCCCCCAGUGACCGAGCCCGUACGGGGUCGAUAGCACCCCGUACGGCAGCCCUAACGUAAGCUACGUAAUUUUACUAGUAUAAAAUUUCCAAUAUAAAGUGUCUUCUACCGCGGUACUGCGUCGCUGCCGUUCAAUAAACGUUAUGCCACAUUUUUCGAUACCUAAAUAUUAUAUCAGAAAUUUCUUAUUAGAUUCUUCGUAAUUAAGAGGCAUUAAGUAGCUAGCUAGGAGUUAGGCUCGGCUCGGCAGCGCGCAGACCCGCCUCGAUCGGACCUGUAAGUAUGCUUGAUCGCUAAGUGCUUCUACGGACUAUCGUGUCUUUAUAUAAAUUUAAUUUUAAUUAAUUUUACUGCCAGUCUCACAAAUCGUUAAUCGUAUCUGAAUCACCUUCCCUAGAUGUUACGAUCACACAUUUUUAGUUCAGUUUUGUCAUUAUAAUGUAUAGAGGUGUGGAUGAGGUGCGCGAGCUACUGAGUGUACUCGCCGCGCGCGACGCCGGGGUGGAGGGCUUCACCGCCGCCUGACUCGCGCGGCCUUCACCGUCUCCCCCGGAGACUAGGACUGUCUCCCCCGGAGACUAGGACUGUCUCCCCCGGAGACUAGGACCGUCUCCCCUGGAGACUAGGGCCGGCUCGGACAAGGAGCCCGCGACCCCGGCGGCGCCGCCGGCUGUUACUGCCACAAUAUUACACACUAUUGCAUGAGUACCCAUGUUUACGUCAUUAUUUUAUUUUAAAUAUUUUACUUUUUUGAUGAAAAUAUAAUAAAUAAUGUUUUCAAAUAAA